AUUUCUUUACCACACUCUGUUGGCUCCAUCACCGAUCGCGUUGUAUCUUGCUGCGCCCCGACCCCGGCCUGGCCCUAGUUCUAGCUGGGACCUAGCAAGGUAACCAACUCUCCCAUCUCCCGAUAAAUUAAGACCCCCACUCCCUUUCUGCUUACCAUCGCAGACUUGAGCCUUCAGCCACACAGCCCCUCGCUCAGCUCGUUGGGUAGCGUUCUCUUCGUCUCUCACCGGCUCAGCCUCCCUGUCUUCACCGCAUUCUCCGACGAUGUCGAGCCGGAGAUCCCGCGCCUCGGUCUCGGAGGAGGAGAUCAACGAGCUCAUCUCCAGGCUCCAGACCUUGCUCCCCAGCGCGCCCCGCCGCGGCAGCAGCAGCCAGGCGUCGACGACGAAACUGCUCAAGGAGACGUGCAGCUACAUCAAGAGCCUGCACCGGGAGGUGGACGACCUCAGCGACCGCCUGUCCGACCUCAUGGCCACCAUGGACCACAACAGCCCGGGCGCGGAGAUCAUCCGCAGCCUCCUCCGCUAGCUCCGAUCGAUGGCCAUGCCUAGCUCGAGCUCGAGCUCGGCAGUGCUGAGUGUACCAUACAUGCAGAUGCUCAAGGAAAGACGAUCGACGACUAAGGCUGGUUUAUUAAUUGGUAGUAGAAACUACUUCGGUAGGGCAUUAGCUAGUAGGGCCGCCUAAGUUAUAUAUAGCUGCUUAAUUAUCGCCUUCAUCGUCUCUUCCAUUAUAUGGUUACUUUCUUCCUGUUUCCAUGUCGCUCUAUGCAUUGUUUGCUGCCUUGCAGGCUCCUUUGUACUCUUCGCUUCUUCUUCCUGUAAGCUAUAAGCAUCUGUGGUCCGGGUCGAGUUGUUUCCUCUGCACAGACAACCGACCGACCGCGAGCUACCGACCGAUCAACAUGUAGUAGCUGGUAGCUAGUAGUAAUAUAUUUAUGUUGUCAUCA